AUGAGAUUCGAAACAGUCUCUGGGGCCGUCGCCCUCCUCGCCCUGAGCCAAUCCGCGACCGCCGACCCGGUGAAUAUCAAGCUCCACAGCCGCCGCGCAAAUCUCUCAAAGGCAAAGACCCUCAGCAAGCGCGCAUCCAUCGGAUCAGUCUCCCUGACCAACUGGUUCGAAAACUUUGACCUCCAAUGGAUCGGUGAGGUCGACGUCGGCACCCCGCCCCAGAAGCACAUCGUCACCUUUGACACCGGCUCAACGGACCUCAUCCUCCCCUCGACAGCCUGCUCCAACUGCGUCGCCGCAAAAGAAUUCAAUGCCUCCUCCUCGACCUCCUUCUCCUCCGCUCCCGGCUACAACGUCACCACCGCCUUCGGCACAGGCGGCAAAUCCGUCCCCUACGCCGUCCCGCAAGCCGCAACGGGCAACGUCGUCACCGACACCGUCACCAUCGCCAACCUCACCGUCGCCAACCAGACCUGGCUGCUCUGCGACACCUACGCCGAGGCCUUUAACGAGAUGCCCAACAUUGACGGCAUCUUUGGCCUCGGACCCCCGGGCUUCUCGCACUUCUCCGACGAGACAAACACGUCCUUCUCGACCUGGUUCUGGACCCUCGCGCAGAGCGGCGGCGUGCCGGAGCCCCUCUUCUCCUUCUUUCUCAACUCUGGACAAGGCAGCGCGCCGGGCGAACUCACGCUCGGCGGCGUCAACAAGGACCGCUACGAGGGCGAGAUUGCGCAGGCCGACUUCAAUAUGACGGUAUCCUACCUCGGCGGCAGCUGGUUCAUCGACCAGCCCGCCUUUUAUGUCAACGGCAAAACCGUCAGCAACUCCAACGCCUCGGGCGCCGCGUUCCCCGUCGGCGUCUCCAACGUCGACACCGGCACCGCCUUCCUGCAGACGCCAGACUACCAGACCGCAAAGGACAUUUACGCCGCCAUCAGCCCCGAAAUCACCCAGAUCGACGAGCUCGGCGCGUGGGGCGCCCCCUGCGACACCGUCGAGAAGCUGGACCCGACCCUGACCUUCACCCUCGGCUCCGGCGACGCCCUCGUCAACAUGACUGUCCCCAAGGGCGCGUUCAACCUGGGCGAGUACCCCGGCCACGCCGGCAUCUGCCAGACGCUGUUCCUGAACCCCGUCCAGCCCAUCAGCGACCUCGCUUCCAUCUGGGUCCUGGGGAGCCCGCUGCUCAAGGGGUACUACACCGUUUGGAACGGGACCGACGCCGAGCAGCUCACGUUUGGCGUGGCGCGCCUCAAGGUCAACGCUACUGCUACGAACGGUACUUCGAGCCCGACGGCUACGCCGACUGCUGUCAAUGGUGGAAGCGUCACUGGUCCGGCUGGAGUCCUUGCUGCGUUUGCUCUGACGAUGUUUGCUCUCAGCUUGUAG